AUGGAUCACCACAUUCUCCUAAUGACCCCCUCGGUCUCGCAAUCAUCCACCGACCUGUGCGUCGUCUGCGGCGACAAGGCCAUCGGCAAGCAUUACGGUGCCGUGGCGUGCAACGGCUGCAAAGGAUUCUUCCGACGAUCUGUCUGGCAAAACCUACAGUACACCUGUCGCUUCAACAAGCAAUGCAACAUCGACAAGGACCACCGGAAUGCCUGCCGAUAUUGCCGUUUCCAGAAGUGUUUGGCUGACGGGAUGAAGCCGGAAGCCAUUCAAAAUGAGCGUGACCGUAUCGGGUCUACCAAGCGGAGGAAGCGUUCUUUGGGUGAGACCAACUCGGAUUCGGAAGGAACUCCCUCCCCCAAAAUGGACAUGGCCUCAGCCUCGGCUUCUCGUCGCUUCAUCGAGGCGUUGAUGGACAUUGAGAAUCGGUUGAUUGGCAACCAGUCGAUGGAUGCCCUCCUCCACGACAACCUUGGAAAGCCAAAAACUAGCCGCCAGUUCAUCGUCAACAGCGUCAUCCAGUGGUCGAACAUGUUGCAUCCACUUUCUGAGAUUGACCUAGCUGAUAAGGUAGCACUCCUCAAGGAAACCGCCGGCCCUUUUUCACUUCUCCAAACGAUCCAACGCAGCAUUGCCGUCCCACACCUCGUGCUCCCCAAUGACCAGAUCCUCAGCGUUUCCCCGCUCCACCCCGCCGAUCUGCUCCAGGCUUUGACCAAGAUUUUGGACGAGGUUUUGUCGCCGCUUCGACGACUUCACAUCGAGCAGGCCGAGUUCUGCUGUCUUAAGGCCCUCAUGCUCCUCAACCCUGAUGUGAGCGGCAUCUCCCUCGAGACAAAAUCACGACUCCGCGACGGUCGCGAUACCGUAGUCCGAACCCUGUUCACCUACCUCAGCCAGACGCAGUCCCCCGUUGAUGCCAACCUCAGAAUCUCCUCCCUGCUGAUGGUGAUCCCCUCCAUUCAAGUGGUCACCAACCUCCUCGUCGAAAAGCCCCAUAUCGGCUCGAUCUUCGGACUCUGCGAUGGCGAUGGAAGAAACGAGAAUUCCCCACCGAUCUCGCUCGCCACCCCGAUCUGCUUGAGUCCCGAGGCGCCGGUGUACGAGCAGAAGCCCGAGCUGUUUCUCAAGGACAAUAUUCUGGCUAACUUCAUGGUCCAGUCGACGCUGGCCGAUUUGCAGAAGGGACUCCAGAAUCCGCUUUUUUCGAUCGCUGGUCUUCCGCCGAGCCAAGCCGGUGGAUUGGCGUUGCCGUUCGGAUUGUUCAACCAUGGCCUAUCGCUGAUCCCCUCUACCACGCUGCCAAUGAAGCCAUUCGCCACUCAACCCGAUCUCUUCAAAGUU